CCCGGAGAGCUGCCUCGCACACGCUCGCUCGCUCAGUUACUCACUUACUUCCACGCUCCGGACACACACGCCACACAGCGAGCCCCCUCCACGGGCACUGCGGUGCGGAACUCCUCUCUCUCUUUCUCCCGGUGACGCUCGGAACGUCUCUGGCGCGCGCCAUGGCGGACACGAUGCUGGCGGAGCAGGACGGGCUCGCGGCCGCGAACAGCUACUUCAAAAAGGGCUGCAACCCCUUGGCUCAGACAGGCCGCAGCAAGCUGCAGAACAAGAGAGCCACCCUCAACCAGCAGAUCAUCAAGCAGAUGAGGAUGAGAGCAGGGGCUGAGAAUCUGCUCCGGGCAACCACUAACAACAAGGUGCGUGAGUUGGUGGCACUGGAGCUGAGCUACGUGAACUCAAACUUACAGCUGCUGACAGAGCAACUCGAAGGCCUCAACAGCUCUGUGGAGGUCUACCAGAAUGUUCAGGAAUCGGCCAGCAUUCCCAUGAUCCCUCUGGGGCUAAAGGAGACCAAAGAGGUGGACUUCUCUGUGCCUUUCAAGGACUUUAUCUUGGAGCACUACAGUGAAGAUGGGUCUAACUUUGAAGAUGAGAUUGCCGACCUUAUGGAUCUGCGACAGGCCUGUCGUACUCCAAGUCGCAGCGAAGCAGGAAUUGAGCUUCUGGCCACAUAUUACAGCCAUCUGUCCCUCAUUGAGAGUCGCUUCUUCUCUCCUUCAGGGCAGAUGGGGAUCUUCUUCACCUGGUACGAUUCCUUCACUGGGAUGCCUGUGUGCCAGCAGAACAUCUCCCUGGAAAAGGCCAGCCUGCUCUUCAACAUGGGUGCCCUGUACACUCAGAUCGGGACACGGUGCGACCACCAGACCCGUGUUGGCCUGGAGAAUGCCAUCACCGCCUUCCAGAAAGCAGCAGGGGUGCUGACCCACCUGAAGGAGACGUUCACACACACACCCAGUUACGACAUGAGCCCUGCCAUGCUGAGCAUGUUGGUGAGGCUGUUGCUUGCGCAGGCACAAGAGUGCUUGUAUGAAAAGACCGCCCUUCCUGGCAUCCGCAACGAAUUCUUGACCUUGGUCCGGAUGGCCCAGGAAUCUGCUAAGGUUGCUGACACAUAUGAGCAGGUCCACCAGUCCAUGAUCCAGACUCCAAUCAAAGACAAUGUCCCAAUGUUCUGGUCCUCCAUGGCCCAGGUGAAGAUCAGCCACUACCGGUCUUUGGCCCACUACUUUGUGGGCAUUGCUCUGCUUGACCAUCAGUUGCGCCUCAGCGAUGAUGAGGACAAGCAGGAGAAGGCCUUGUCCCAACUGUACGAUAUGAUGCCGGGUGGGUGUGCGCCUCUCGAUCUCCUGAGAAACAAGGAGGAACGUCGGCAAAUAGGGAAGGCGCAUUUCCGUCGGGCCAUCAUGGGACAUGAGGAGGCGCUGCGUGCCCACAACCUGUGCCGCCAUUUGCGCAAGCUGGAUGUGCUGCGGGAGAUCCUGCAGGCUAGUCAUAAGCGUACGCUUGCCAAGUUGGAUGAGAACAACUCGGAGGAUGAGUUCACCGACUACAUGGAUGCACCCGACAUUGUCUCUAAAACUGAGCAGAAGGCUGAAAUUGAGAUGCCCAUGUCCAUAAAGGUGAAAGUGAAAGACUUUUUCCACAAACUGGGCCCACUCUCUGUGUUCUCAGCGAAACAGCGCUGGACAGCCCCCCGCACAGUCCGGCUGUACCCUGGGGGCAGGGACCUGGGCUUCAUGCUGAAGGGAGAUGGGCCUGUACAGGUCCUGUCCCUGGAUCCUCUCUGUGCUGCUGCGAAAAACGGGCUAAAGGAGGGUGACUACAUAGUUGGUGUCAAGGACACAGACUGCAAGUGGCUGGAUGUGAGUGAGGUGAUGAAGCUCCUGAAGGACAGUGAUGAGACAGGUGUGGACAUCCGAGUUGUCAGCAUGAUGGAAGGCAGCCCGCCCAUGCCCAACAAAAGUGCCACCUACAGCGGUGGCCUCUCCAAGACGUACUCCAUGAUCUGCCUGGCCUUUGACAACAGCGACAAGGUGCCCAAGAACCGAAAGGUGACAAAGAAGACGUCGUUCCUCAAUUGGGGCACGAAGGGCAAGUCAAAGAGCGUCAGCACUCUGAGUCUGCCCACAGCUGACUACUCCGCCACCCUGCCCUUUAACAAGCAACGUGCCAUCUUCCCCAACUCCUACAAUGACCCUGCUCUUUACUAGGGUUGUGACUUCUGAGGAAAAACAACCCAGGAUACGAAAGAAAAAAUUGCACAUAUUUAUGCGUGUAACUAUGGUGACAUUCCGCCAAAUGAUUGUUUAAAACACAUGCUGCUUCUUGCUCCUUGUGUAAGGCAGAUGGGGACAUGUAUGUCUUGCACUCCAGGACUGCUCAGUUUUAGUCUUUUCUGUAUGUCAUUGUGUGUUGAGUAUGUACCACAUCUUUAUACUGGAUCAAUUUUUUAAUAGAUUAUGGCUUUCUUUGCUGCAAAAUGCCAGAGUGCCUUCAGACUUACUCUGAGACUUGUGCCAAUUGUUAAGGGGGCUAGAAGAGGCCAUAAUUUAACAAGUGCUGGGCCAUAAUGCAAAUGUGCAGGCCAUGCAGUGUAAGCUGUCAGAAAUGUUACUGUUUUACAAGUAUAGCAUAUUUUUUCCCUGUUCUACCUGUAUUUCUGUAUUUCAUUCAUUUGGAGAGGAAAGUAAGGUGUGCUGAAUGAAGGACUGUGGCCAGCUCUUGAUGACUGGCAACCCGUGAAAUGUAAUCAGUCUAGGGAGACACUGUUUGGAGCUUCUGUUGCACUUUUUCCAUAUGGGAUGCUUGUCUGACCAAGGGACUGGCCAGUGCCAGCUGCAUAAUCAUAUAGUGUAAUAGCUUUUGCCAGUGUUUUGUAUCUGACAUUGUUUGCUAACACUUUGUAACAGGUGUUAACGACUGUUGAACUGUCUACAAAGUAGACUAUUUACAUUUGAUAAUCAAAUAAACAAAAAGUGCAACUUACAUAAAUACACAUAUACAUAGCUAAAAUAUGCUGAAAUACAAUGGUUUUAUCUUUAUAUGGGACAAAUGUACAUUUUUAACUCAAGUUUCUCAGUUCAGUUUUUUUGGUAAGGUUCACUGUAUUGCCUUAGGAUCAUUUAAUAAUAGUAAGUUUUGUAUUUAGGACAAUGUUUCUCUUAAUGAAUUUAUUAGAAUUUUUAUAAAGCAGUAUUUCUAUUUACAUCAAUAAUAGUGACUAGGGUCAGUAUACUAACUGCUGUCUAGUUUCUUUUUAAUGGAAUAAUGUACAUACCUUAAGUAUACUAAAGAUUAACUUGGAAAAAUGGAAAGCUAUACAAUGAAAAUUACUCUUAUUUGCAAAAUCUUUUGUAAUGAUGCUCAAUUGUACAAAAAGUACUUGAUAGCUUUAUUGGAUUAUAAUGUCAUUGCAUUAGGUACUGUUGUAGUUUUAAAAUCCUAUCUGCUUAAUAAAGUUCUGUCUUGAGCA